GCUAGCAACAUUGUAUUGUUGUUUUCUUUUUUAAAAUUAAUAAUUAACUAAUAAAACAUGAAUAAAAACAAAUAAUUUCAAAUCAAAAUACCUAAAUUACAUAAAAUAAUUAAUAUUCAAGUGUUUACUUACACGUCUGUAUCAAAAAAAUCUCCUCUUAUUAGGUAUAUUAUUUCUGUUUAAACAAGGUGGUUUUUUUGAGAUAAUAUUCAAAUAAAUACACAAAAUGUCCCUUCCAGGAGGACUACUAAAAAUCCUAGACAACGAGGCAGAGCCCCUUAACAAGAGACUGAAAAUAGCCGAUAACGCUUUCAAGGCUCAGGAGAUUCACGCCCGUCACAAAGAAGCCCUCCUUUUAAAUUGGAUUUUAGAUAAAUCGGCUUCGAUACCGGAUGAGGAAUUGUUGUCUUUGGGAAACCAAUGGGUAUUGUCCAAAGAGUUUAGGGAACUCAAUCAGAAUGAUAUAACUAAUGAGAAUAUUUCCAGUAUAAUUGAACUUAUUCAAAAGAAACUUGCUGACCAAAAACUUUCUACCAAUAACUUGCAAAAAGUAACCAAUUUGAUUUUAUCAUUAUGUGAAAACCAAAUCUUUCAGCAGUAUUUCAAAUAUAAUUUGGAAUCUUAUUGCAAUUUAAUAGCAGUUGCUUUACAAGCAAUUGCUUUACCUGGAGAUUAUAUUGGUUUUAUCGCAAAGCCUUUUCUAUUUCCAAAACACCUUAUUGUACAAGAAAAUUUUUUGAAGCAAUUCUUGGAUUCAAUAUUUUCUGUAUUGGUGCAAAAGGCAUUGAUGUUUAACAAUGAUCCACAAGUUGUUAAUGAGACCGUGCAGAUUAUACAAAAAUGCUUACUACAAGGAAACAUAAAACAUUUCCAAAAUUUCUUUGAUAAUAUAUUUAUCGAUGAAGCAAAUGGAACAUCUACAAUAGCAAAACCAGUAUUUAAGCGUCUAUUUGCAUUUUUACAAGAGGAUAACGCUAUUGCCAGAACAUCUUUAAGUUUAUUUUUUGCUGCAUUUUCUGCAAGUUUUAAAGACCCCCAACUAAUAUUCAAAUGCUUUAUAUUCUUAUUUGGGGGCUUGCAAUUUGAUGUCUCUAAUCGGUUUUCAAUGAAAAUUCCCUUUAAACAAAAACUAAGUUUACCACUAAGCAAAUCUAUGGAUGUUUUAUUAGGAUUGUUGAGUGCAUUGGGGUCUAAUAAUAGUUUUACUGAUUGCACUUUUUCAAAUAUUAGUUUUACAGAAUUUUUAAGAAGUAUCUUGAAGACUCUUGUUACAUUGAAACCACAAAAUAAUACAGUUUUAGAAAUUAUUUUAAGUUGUAUUGCAAUUAAUCCCCUAAUUAUUGAACCACUUGCUAGUGGUUUAACAACAUUUGUAAUGCUUGCAAAUAGAGAAAGUAAGGAAAUUUACGAAAAAGUAGUGAUAGCAAUAUUUGAAGUUUUUGCAAAACUUCAUAGAGUGGAAAAUUUUAUUGCCAAAAUAAUACCAGCCUUGAAAAAUGCUAUUAUAGAACAAAAAUCUGAGUCUUAUGAACAGACAUAUAAUUUUGGAGGAAUAGUAGAUUCAUUGGAAGUUAAUCCAGGAAUAAACGAGAUUUUCACUACAAACAUCCUUGCAUGUUUCACCAAAUGCCUUAACAGUUUAGCUAGUUGGCAAUCAAUUAACAUAUUUGCAACAAUAACAUAUCAUUUAAAAGCUGCCAUUGAAGAUUAUACUAGCAAUGAUACAAACAAAUUUAUCUUCUUGGAGAUCUUAGGAGUUCUAAUGGGUUGUUUCUUACAAAGCAUUAAAAUUGCAGAUCACAGCAUUCCACUAAAUGUGGUUGCGAAAUUUGUAAAGGGCCUUGAAGAAUUGAGAGAGAUUUUAAAGAAUUUCGGACCUGCAAUUUUGAAAACAGAACAUAAUCACAUAGCAAUGAGAACGUUUCUUAAUCUAUCCUAUGUAUGGGCUGAAGUUUACAUAACACUGGCCUAUUAUUCUAUGAAUAAUGAAGUACAAAUGGCUACAGUUAUGGACAAAACUUAUUCGGCUGCAAAUUUGAAAUAUUUGCACUCGUACAUGGACAUCAAACAGUGGCAAUUGAUUGCCCAAAGGAUUUCAAACUUUGGAGAAUAUCCUUGCAAGAAACUACUGCAAAAGCUCUACAUCCAAAAGCUACGUUCAAUAUUGCUAUUCGAGAAGGAAAUGAACGACGAAAUCACCAUCAACAUUGUCAAAACUCUUCAGACACAUCUAGAUGAUACUUGGCGUGAUUUGCUUUCGGACAAAUUCACUGUAAAUUUUCUUGUUCCUAAAAUGGACAAAACUUCUCUAACAUUCUUAGCAGAACAUUUGAUUGAGGAAGAUGCUUUGAUAAACACCAAUCACAUUUUGGAUUCCUCAACUUUGACUAAGGCCACAGUUUAUGUUUUGUUAACAAAAAUUAAUAAGCUGUGUAAAGGCAAAAGAAAGCACAAUGGGGAGCAAAAUAUAAGUUUGAGCUCAAAAUUAUUUGCCAGUUACCCGGAAGAGAUUUUCUUUGACAGUGAGGAUUCUUUGAAAAUAACUAAUUUAGAAGACAUAACAAACCUCUAUAAUGGUUGCGAUGUGCAAAAUUCAUCAACUAUUAUAAACAAAGAAGACAAACUUCAAAAUUAUAUGAACAUUUUAAAGAAGGUUCCCUUCAUUUAUAGCAAUGUAAACAUUCAAAAAUUGGUUCUUUUAUAUUUUAUGUCUUUAAAUGUAGAUAUCCAAAAUUGUUCUGAGGAUACAAGGACGUUGCUAGAAGAUUUGAUAAUAGGCACAUUGAGAGCUUGCAAGUUCCCAUUAACCGAAAUAUUCAACAUUAAAGUUCUCUGUGCUCAAAUUCUCAAGAAUUUCAAUAAACAUGAACUUCUCUUCAACCUUUCAAUCGAUAACGUUUUCAAAUGCGAAAAAUCAAUCAUGCAAUUUGAACCUUUAGUUUUAUAUUUGACCAAACAUUUGCAAAACAUCAAUCAUCUGAAUUCUAGUAUUUCUGUUUUGCAAGCUAUAACCAAGAUUAAAAAAUCAAAAAUUGACCAAUCAGCAAAGGAAAAACUAAACCAAUACAAAGACACAAUUCUAACAAAAAUGUCCAAAUUCGUUUGCAAGUCUGAGUAUUCUGUUGAAGCCUAUGCAACUUGUUUGAAACAUUACCUAACUCUAGAAAACAGUUCUGAAACAUUAAAGCAAUUGCUUGAAAAAUUAGAUUCCUAUUUAAACUAUGCCUUAGAAAAUAUUUCUAAUGAAAAUAAACACGAAUGUGCUUUAUUGUUCAACGCAAUUUUACAAAACAAAACAAAAAUCAACAGUGCUGAUAAUAUUGUGCUGAGAAUUUGGACUGCGUGUAAAAAAGUCGAUAUAGGCGAAGAAGAUUGUCAAUUAGUUAGAUUAAUUGUAACUUUAAUAGCAAAUGAGGAAUUUGAAAUAUUAGUCAAAGACUUAUUUGAUAAUACAGAUGCAAGCAUUAAAUCUCAAAAUAAACAACAUCUAGUCAGGCAACUUAAGAAUUGGAAAUCGAUUUUGACUGUGGAUGUGAAUCCUGUAAAAAUGAAAAUUUGGCAAGAUGUUUUGGAAAACCUUGUAUAUGAGCUUUUGCAUAUUUUAAAGACUAACGAAUAUGACGAACAAUUGUUUAAGGGUAUUGUGCAAUUGAAACAAAGUAUUAUUCAAACUCAACAUUUCAUAUUAUCGCCACCUUUAAUCGAUAUGUUCAUAAUGACACCUCAAGUUCUUAUAAAACACGAACACCAACAUUUUGAACAAGUAUUUUCAAUGUCUAUAUCCACCCUGGAAAUGCUGCUUAAAUAUCGAAAUGCUACAAUAAUGGAUCGGUUACCUGCUUUUUUGCAACAAUACAGGAUUUUACUAAAGUCCAUUACGGAUUACAGUAACUCGGAUAGUAGUGAAAAAAAACUGGACCCCAAAGUAGCUUCAGACUGCGUGCACACUUUGGAGAAGUUGACUAAGAAUUUAGUCUGGUGUAAAAAGGAUAUGGGACGCAUAGCGGUGUUUUUGAUAGCGGAUAUACUUCAAACCUAUGAGCAAAUAAAUUUGUAUCCUAAUGUCAAGUUACAUUUGAAUAAUUGUGUCUACAGCCUGAUUUCUCUUUGCGAUCAUCACGCAAUUUCCUACCUGAUGAGGGCCUUAUCGAGCGCUUCAACAGAAAUGUUUAAAAUUAUGUAUGAUCACUACAAGAAAUAUUAUAUGUUUACUGGUAAAGUGUGAGAAAUGUUUUUAGUUUGUUAUGAUUUUUUUUAAAUGUUGUCUUGUACAAUUAAUAAACUUAUUUUGGGAGUGUAUUUUUUUGAAAUCCCUAUUUGGUCAUAAUUUUAUUCAAUUCGCCCAUAGGAUAACAAAAAAUUGAUCACCCUGUAUCUUUAUACAGUGGUAGAACUAUUUUCGAUUACUGGCUUUCAUGAAAGAUUUCCUACAAGAACCGGGAAUAUUAGAAUAUUGAUCACUCUGUAUCUUUAUACAGUGGCUUAUUUUUAUUGAGUCAAAUUACAGUAGGAAAUAGAAGAAACUUUUAAGACAAAUUUAUAAUUUAUUACUAUCAAUGUGUAACAGGAUUUAAUGGUUCAGCUUUCAUAUUUGCUAAGUUUAGCCUAUUAUCU